AUGAUUCAAGGUUAUGUUGAAGACAGUGAUAAUGAUGUUGAAAUGGAGAUCGAAGCUGAUGAUGUUGUCGACCAAAAUGAUGAGACGUCUGAAGUAUCUUUGCGUGUAAUUGUUGGAACUCGUGCAUCUCAGACCAUGCGAGUGCAAGGAACUAUCGGUAAUAAGGCUAUCACAGUUUUCAUAGAUUCUGGAAGUACUCACAAUUUUCUAAGUGAAAUGGUAGCACGAAAGGUGGGAUUGCAACCUAUUUCUAGUAGUCGAUUGGAAGUAAUGGUAGCAUCAGAGGGUCGUGACGAUGUCUUGGGAACUCAAUGGAUGAGUAAACUAGGACCUAUAGUAUGUGAGUUUUCUAUAUUGUAUAUGAGAAUUAAUAUGGAUGGAAAGGAGGUAUUUCUGCAAGGGUUAUCGGCACCGGAAAAUGUGGUGGCUAAUGAUGCUAAAAUCCAACAUCUUAUGUUGUCUACGGGGGUUAUACAUUUCAGCAACAGUCUGUAUUCAUCGCCAGUGAUAUUAGUUAAGAAGCAUGAUGGCUCAAUUUUUACGAAGUUGGAUCUGCGCUCUGGUCAUUAUCAAGUGAGAAUGCAUCCAAGUGACAUCGAAAAGAUGGAUUUUAGAACUCAUGAAGUUCAUUACGAAUUCCUGGUGAUGCCUUUCAGCCUCAUAAAUGCUCCUUCAACAUUCCAAGCACUUAUGAAUAAGGGUAAAAUUGCAGCUCCACUGACAAAGAUGUUAAAGAAAGAAUCAUUCCUAUGGAGUCUACCAGCUGAAGAUGCGUUCAAGAGACUUAAGGAGGCGAUGACAUGUGCACCCGUUUUAGCGCUUCUGGACUUAUCAAAAACUUUUAUUGUGGAAUGUGACGCUUCGGGGUCGGGAGUUGGAGUUGUUCUGAGGCAGAACAAACCAAUAGCUUUCUACAUCCAUGCUUUACAAGGCCAGGAAUUGUUGUUGUCAACAUAUGAAAAAAAGAUUCUUGCUUUGGUGUUGGCAGUUCAAAAGUGGAGGCCUUAUCUUUUGGGAAGGAAUUUUUACUCUUAUGACUAA